AGGAGGAGGGAGUGUGUGACGGGAGGGAGGAAGGCAGUGAAGAGCAAGGUGGGGCAUGCAGGCACGUGCACGCAGAUGCGUGCAGUCUGGUAGGACACGGCAUCCUCGCCCUAGCGCUCACGCGGCGAUCUCUGGCACUGUUGCCUUCAUGGCCGAAUGCCUUCCUCGCGGGCUCUGCUGACAAGAUGCUGUCACUGUGAAGAUGCUGAGGGCAGUACAACUGGCCGAGGCCCUGUUCCUACUCUCGUGCUGCCGCUACCUCUGCCUGUGUCAUGCAACACCCAAGCUGUCCUCUUAUGCCAAAAUGGAGGACCGGUUACUCAAGCACCUCUUCGGCAAUUACCAGAAGUGGGUGAGACCAGUGGAGCACCUGAAUGGAACGGUACAGGUCAAAUUUGGACUCGCCAUAUCCCAGCUGGUAGAUGUGGAUGAGAAGAACCAGCUGAUGACAACAAAUGUGUGGAUGAAACAGGAAUGGGUUGAUAUGAAGCUACGGUGGAAUCCGGAUGAUUUCUUGGGAAUAACAUCAAUCCGUGUCCCUUCAGAUUCCAUCUGGGUUCCAGACAUUGUCCUGUAUGACAAUGCGGAUGGUCAUUUUGAGGGGUCUAUGACAAAGAGUGUGAUCAAGUACGACGGUACCGUCUUGUGGAAGCCCCCUGCUAAUUACAAGUCAGCCUGCACUAUAGAUGUCACUUUCUUCCCUUUUGACCGGCAGAAUUGUUCUAUGAAGUUCGGCUCUUGGACAUACGAUGGCUCACAGGUGGAUAUUCUUCUCGAGGACUUCCACGUGGACAAACAUGACUAUUUUGACAAUGGCGAGUGGGAGAUCGUAACAGCCACUGGCAUUCGCAGUAUAAGGACGGAUGGAUCCUGCUUCUAUCCCUUUAUUACUUACUCUUUCAUCAUCCGAAGAUUACCACUCUUCUAUACACUGUUCCUCAUCAUACCAUGCAUAGGCCUCUCCUUUCUCACUAUCCUAGUUUUCUACUUGCCCUCCAACAGUGGCGAAAAGAUCUCCCUCUGCACCUCAGUGCUGGUGUCACUCACUGUCUUCCUGCUGGUAAUUGAAGAGAUCAUCCCAUCAUCCUCCAAGGUCAUCCCCCUUAUCGGGGAGUAUCUGGUGUUUACCAUGAUCUUUGUUACGCUUUCCAUUGUCAUCACCGUCUUUGUCAUAAACAUCCACCACCGCUCAUCCUCAGCACACCACAACAUGGCACCCUGGGUGCGCCACAUAUUUCUGCACCAGCUGCCCAAGCUGCUCUGCAUGCGCAGCCAUGCAGACCGCUACACAACCCCUGGAGGCACAAAGGGGGGUGCAGGUAAAGUUGGGGCCAGGAUCACCAGGUGCAAGACAAUACCUCUCCUCUCCUCCAAGGAUGGACUGCAAGCAGCUCUGGAGUCCAUCCGCUACAUCACCUUGCAUGUGGCUAGAGAGGAUGAGGUCAGAGAGGUAGUACAGAACUGGAAAUUUGUGGCCCAGGUCCUCGACCGAGUUUUCCUGUGGACAUUCCUCUUGGUUUCAGUGCUGGGUUCUGCCUUGCUCUUCAUCCCCGUUGUAUACAACUGGGCCAACAUUGUUGUCCCCAACUAUGCUGGACAGAAGGGCUGAAUUGUUUGGAAACAAACUAUAAAACAAACAAUUUCUGCAAAACAUCAGUUUUGCAUUUUAAGAGUAUUUUUCUUAGUCACAUUUUCUAAUAUAAUCAUCCAUCUAUAGUUUGUAUGUGUUAUAACAUAUGUUAAUAUACAAAUAUAAAUAAAAUCAAAUUUAUAAAAUGUUCCCAAUUUAAAAUUUCGAUUUAUAUAGUCUGGUGUUUCAACUUAUAUAGUCAUGUUCCCAUUCAUCACAAUAAAAUAAACAUACCAUACAAAAGCUAUUGUUUUCUGCUCAAUAUGCGGUACAUUGUACUGUCAUCUAUCCCAUCUCAAAGUACAGAACGUCGCUACAAAAAUAAGGACUUAGAAUUAACAAAGAAAUCUCUGGCAGAAGAUAAAUUAGGCCACAUGCAAGAGCAGUUUAUUUCUGUACAGCUAGUUUGUACCCUGAUACACUGACCUUUUUGGAUGAAUUAUUGGACCAAAUGACAGCAUUUUAAUCUGUCCAGUUUUUUGAGUGACAAAUUCGCCUGUAGGGGGAGACAAUGUCAUUACUAAGUAAUGCCACAGUGUAAAGAGCAGUGGUUUCCUGCAAUGGCUUUGUGUUUUAAAAAACAUUGAAGAUCUGGACUGAAAUGUGCCCUAUAACAGAGGGUAGAAUCUGUUCUACUGAUUCUUGUAUUCUUGUUAUAUCCGUUCCAUAAUUAUCCAUAAUUAUUAAUGAUGAUUAUUAUUAUUAUUAUUAUAGUAUUAUUAUAAUUAGAGAACUUAUUCGUAUGUAAAGAACUUUCCACUAUUUCCCAUAUUUUACAUGUAUUUUAUGCAAAUAAUAAAAUGAUCCGGAGUAAGUUAAAAGUACAUAACAGUAACAUAUUGAAAAGUUGAAUUUUGUGUCAUA